AUGGCUUUCCAGAGCAGUGUUCUUAGAGAUGGCGAGUGGGUGACGCAAACAGUCAGCUUCCAAGAUGCUUUAAAGGCCUCCUCUUCUAUGCCCAAAACCGCAUCUGAUCAUCAUACCGAAAAACCUGCCUGUGGCAUCCUUUCGAGGACUAUUAUAGAGAGUCCCGUUGUUCACUGGGUUCUCCCAGUGUGGUUACGGUCACGCUCCAACAAUGAUCUUGCAUUUAUUGGGGAUCGCUUCGUUCAAAUUAGUGAACUCCGUGAGGAUGGGCAAGUCCACGAGGUUAUCAGAAAAGCCGAUUUUGGUACACGAAUUCGCAAUGCAGUCGUCCUUGGAGCACCCCCAGAUGGCGUACGUGGCAAUCCGAUCAAGACCGAAGACCCUGAUGUUGCUAUGCAAGACGAUGAUAUAGUGUAUCAAGCUGACGCGCACCAUGUGUUACCGCCGCAACUCCUGGUGCUGAUGCUCGAGACCGGCGAUGCUGUUUUCCUGUUCAUUCAACAACGUGCAGAUGGAACGCUCGAGUUUGUGACAACAAAGUACGAGAGUCCUAGAAAUCUACAAUUUCUGGGAUACCAUCUUGUUAUUAACCCCUCGUCCCGGUACAUGGCCGCUGGGUCUGCCCAAGGUGCGUUUAUUAUCUACGAGUUGGAGUCACUUACCACUAUGGAUUCACAAUUCCGCCAUCAUGGCUCUUUCAAACCUGUCAAGGGAAUUAGAGUUCGGGCAACGCAAGGCGUCAUACACAAGAUGGAAUUCUUAUACCCACGACCCGAGGAUGACUACCAUAUCAUCCUUCUUCUCAUCAUCAUUCGACGCGAAGUCAACAAGCUGACUCAUAUAUCCCGCAUGGUCGUCUAUGACUGGGAGCUCGGCGAUGAACUAAGCACUGUCCUCCAGUCAGAGAAGGGGACUCUUCUCCCAAGAGAACACCGGAUGCCUCUUAUGAUCAUCCCUCUCCAACUCAAUACUGCUUUCUUUGCGGUCUCGGAACAUUGCAUUGGUAUUGUCAAGAAUGCAUUCACUGGACAAACAAUCUUUGACACCAUUGAGACUAAUCCUCCUGGACAAACCAACUUGCAUCAUGGAGCCUCCGAGCCCCUCUGGACAGCCUGGGCAAGACCGUUCAGGCUUAAAACAUGGUGGGUCAAAAUUGAUACUAUUUACUUAGCCCGUGAAGAUGGCAUUAUUGUUCAGAUCGAGAUUGAUGCAGCGGCUCUAAUUCCCUCUGUACUCAAUGUCGGAACGAUCAACACCAAUAUUACGACUGCGUUCACCACCGCCUAUGAUGUCUUCUCGGAUAUGCUUGUGAUUGGUGGCGAGUCGGGCCCAGGGGGUAUUUGGAAGAUCGAAGCCCGUGCCGACCCUCUGCAAGUUAGCGUUUUACCGAAUUGGUCACCCGUUGUAGACCUUGCCACCACAGACACAAAUCUCUCAUGGUCGAGAGAUAGCACACAUAAAGAGAUUUCAACCAAGCGCAAAAAUCCUACAAACCUGAAACAGAAACCAGAUCGCAUCUUCUGCACUUCUGGCCGUGGACCUCGGUCAAGUUUGACAGAACUGAGAUGGGGUAUUCAGGCAAGGAUUGGACUGGAAUUCGAUUAUGACCAACCUGUUCGCCAGUCAUGGAUGUUUCCUAUGGAAGUUCAAGGCGAGAAAGGCUUUUAUGCUGUCCUGUCGUUGCCACAUUCUUCAGACGUGCUUCAUUUUCCUGCUGAUCUGAGCAAUGCCAGCGCUUUGUCCUCAGAUGCUUGCCCAUUUGAUACCUCAUCGCGAACAAUCUCAGCGAUCCAGAACGGCCAAGGAACGAUUAUACAAAUCACUGAAACGUCCACAAGCUUUAUUGCACCCUUUCAGAGUUCACGACAUAGCCACGAUGAGGUUUGUGGGAAGACCUCGCUAGUAGCGGACCAUGCAUCUUGCCUUGAAGAUAUGAUAGUACUCUCUUCGCAUGAUGCCCACGGAUCGCGGUUAGACGUCUUGCGAGUUGACGAAAUGAAUCUGUUGCACUCAACCUCAUUUGAUGCCAAGGGCGAGAUAACGUGCUUGGGCCUCUUCAAGAAAUCACCCGAGACCUACAUUGUGGCAGGUUCUGUCAAAGACAGCAUGCCUUACUUGACGAUAUAUUCACUUGAUGGUCAAGAAAUGAGCAGCAAGGCCCCCUGCCCAAAUCUUGAUGCUGCCGACCAAGACUUUCUCUUCCAGACAGAGGCAUACACAAGUGUUGACGCAAUCGCUGAUACCGCCGAAAAGACAAUCCUAGUGCUUGGCACUAGGACUGGACACAUCGUGACCGUCAAGCUUGAAGGCGACCUAGAGCACAGUUCGUUCGUAAUUGAACAUCUCGGUCUGUCACCUGCCAACGUAUUUGCGACUUCUGGCCGGUUUAAUGGAAGUCAUGCUGCUUUGGUCUGCUGUGACAACAAUCUAUCGAUUGUUACUGACUUUUCGACAAAGACAUCCAAAUUUCUGACCAAAAGCCGAAUCUGGGCUACCGACUCUAAUGAGCAAUCAAUGCCAUCACCGCCCAUUCACUCGGCCUUUUGUCUGGAGAAUAGUCUCUCUGGCUACAAUCGCCACAUGUCUUUGAUGUUACUAGCUGGGACACAGAUUCUUCUUGUGGAUAUAUGGCCUCAUGUUGGCCCAGUUCCUCGCAGUAUUCCGCUCGACGGGACACCAAUGCGUCUUAUCUACUCCAAACAAUGGAAGGCCUUGGUGGUUGCGCAUUUAAAAGACAACCGGCCAACACUUUCUUUCAUUGACCCUGACACGGGGGAAAACAUUUCAGUAGCGACUAACAAGGACAGGCAACCGUCUGAUUACAUCUCUGGCCUUGGACAUCCAGGAGACAGGAUAUUUGGCUUAUACGAGUGGUUCUAUGUGAAGGAUGGAAUGACAUUUCCAUUCAUCAUUGUGACCACCCAGCACGGUCGGUUGAUGAUAGUUUCUGUAAAGGCAGAGAAAGUCGAGGGUGCCAAUGGGCCGACAAGGCAAUUGCAAUACUGGACCCGAUAUAAGAAGAAAGGCUUUACAGAGCCAAUUUACACGGUUGUUGGAGAUGCUGUGGGCCUUUUGUUCUGUGUUGGCAAGGUUCUCCAUUGGGAAGUUCUCGACCUCUCCGAGAAGAGACUCAAACCGAUGAAACAGAUCAAGUUGGAUUCUCCAGCUACGUCACUUCGUGUUGAAGGUCAUAAAGUCUGCGCAUUAACUGCACAGCACUCUUUACAAGUCAUUGACCUUGAAGUGGGAUCAGAGGAGACUCAGGCGUCCAUCAUACACAGCGACCGUAUAACACGGUACACAGGGCAUGUGAUGGAGAUGGGGGAUUCGGAAGAACAACUGGGCAAGUGGCCCGUGAGUGUGAUAUCCACUCCACAAGCUGGUCUUGCUGGAGUUUGGAUCCCUUGGGGCCAACGCAAUAAAGAGUUUGAAGUUGUUUUCGAGGGUGUAUUGCCCACAUCAAUCAGGAGAUUCCGCAAGGGGCAAACCCGCCCAUUUUGGUUGGCAGUUGACCGCCAGCGGCGAUACGAUACCCUGUUCAGCACGACUGACCAGGCCGAAGUUUUAGGAGUUUCACUUGAUGGAUCACUUCAACAUUUCUCCCUGAUAGGCAUGGACCUUUGGCGUUUCCUUCGACUCAUACAAAACCUGGCAUAUCACCACCCGGGCGUGUGCCCCUUUGCGCGCGGCAACCAGUCUUCAAUAGACGACGACAUGGAACUCGAUCUGGAUUUAGAACUGGAGCCUCAGUCUUAUCCAGACAUGAUGCAUAUUGACGGCGACCUGCUCAAACGUUGUUUCGAUUUGAACGCAUUGGAAAGCCUCGUAUCCAUUGGCGAUGGCAUCGAUUUGUUUUGCGAAUACUUGGACGGAAUCGAAGAUGGCAUUCACACGGAAGGGUUUCGGGACAAUGGUGUUGACGGACAGGAGAAGUAUAUUGAGCUGGGCUACAAGAUACUUGAUUAUGUUUUGGCUCCGCCAAUUUGA